CGACGACGCAAGUAGCUGCGGUCGAAGGAUGGUGGCGCCGGUCAAAAUUUGGCUCUUUGACGAGGCCGAUUUGUACCCCAAGGAACCUAGCCACCUCACGGCGCUCGAUACGCAGUCGUACCUCCACGCGUCCAAGCUCAUCACCGACGAUGCCUUGUAUGACGACGACGACCCGUUCAUUGACGGUGACGCGCUGCGAGAAGGUGGUGCACUCGACCUCAUGAGCCGCGAAGCCAUCGGGCUCCUCGGCCAGUACGCGGCCGUCGGUAUCAUCUAUGGCUGCCUUCCCGGUCUCCUCUACCCGCUCUACGUCAAGUAUCUCAACUUUUCAGGCUUCCAAGCGUCAUCCUACAAAGUACUCGUGACGCUCUGCUGGUCGUUCAAGGUGUUUCUCGGCAUGCUCACCGACUGCUUUCCCAUCGGCGGCUACAAGCGCAAGCCGUACAUGCUUCUCGGCUGGAGCAUGUGUCUCGUAAGCGUUGUGCUCAUGGCGCUCAAUCCGUUCCCGGACCCGUACAUUGGGACUGCCCUCGCUGGCUUGAGCCCGCGCAUCAUUGCGCGCGUCCGCGGUGGCAACCUUUCGGUCUUGUCGAAGGAGAUGCAAUCGCACAUCAACUUGGACGCGCCCAACCAAGGCAACUUUUGGAUCCUCCUCUCGACGCUCGGCAGCUUUGGCUACAUGCUCGCCGACGUCGCCGCCGACGCCAUGGUUGUUCAGUACGCCCAGCGCGAGCCGAUUGCUAUCCGGGGUCGAUUGCAGUCGGCGAUUUACUCGGUCCGGUACGCGUGCAGCAUGAUCCCGCUGCUGCUGAUCGGCUUUUGCAUGAACGGACCGCAGUACGACGGCAGCUUCAACUGGUCCAUGAGCCCGAACCUCAUCUUUGCAUUGCUCGCGCUGCCGUGCGUGAUGGCCAUGUGGUGCUGCAUGUUUCUCAUCGUCGAAGAUCGCGAUGUCAAGCCGUACUUUCGCAGCUACCUCCAGAGUCUCUGGAACCUCCUGCGACUGCGGGUCAUGUGGCAGAUCUGCGCGUUCCGGUUUCUGAGCAAUUUCUUCUACUCGUUUGACACGACCGUGACGCUCAUCAUCCCGAGUCUCUGGGCCAACGUCCAACCGCUGACGAAAUCGAUCACAGCGGUCCUCAACGCCUUGCUCACGUCGGUGGCCAUCUACAUUUGCGGGCGGUACGGCCUCAACUGGAACUGGCGCGUCUCGAUCGCGCUGGCCACGAUUGGCGUCUUGGUCAUCGAUGCGUCCGUCAUCUUUGUCACGACGUGGGGGGUGAUCCGGAACGAGUAUUUCUUCACCAUCUCCCAAUUGGCGUACAGCCUCCCGGCAGGCAUUCGGUUCAUUGUGUCGGGCUACUGCGCCGUCGAGAUUGCCGACAUUGGCAACGAAGGCGUUGUCUUUGGCCUCGUCACGACGAUCGUCAACCUUGCAACGCCCUUCUCGACGGCAUGCUACAAGCUCAUUGACUCGUACCUCGACCUCUCCAACAACGACCUCGCAAGGGACUCGACGCACGUGCGCUGGCAAGUGACCUACGCGUUCGUUAUCUCGUACGGCUUCAAGUUUGCGUCGUUGCUCUUCCUUGGCUUGUUGCCACCGCAGAAAGCUGCUGUCCAAAAGCUCAAGCGCACAGGCGGUGCCAACUCGUAUGCAGCCACCGCCGUCGUCGUCGCGUUCUUUCUCGCGCUGCUCUUCUCGGUCGUGACCAACUUUAUGGCGCUCUUCCCGCGCACCUCGUGCUAUCGUAUUGCGGGCGGGAACGGACAGCCCAUUCUCCAAGGCAACCGCGACAUCAAGCGCCUCGCCGACGACCGCCAGCAAGCCAACCUCGCGCGCCACUCCAAGUAUGCCAAGCAGUCGGCCGAGGAGCUCGAGGUCAACGUCAUCUCGCAUCGCAUGCAGCGCUUCGCGGUCUGGUUUGGCGGCUCCAUGGUGGCCUCGACGCCCGAGUUCCACCGCGUGUGCCACACCAAGGCCCAGUACGAAGAAGAGGGCCCUCGGAUCGCGCGUCACAACCCGGUGUUUGCCGCGACCAUGUAA